AUGGCUGCCUCCGACAUCAUCCCUCAAGAACUCUCCAGAGCCGCGAAUGCUUGUCGGCAGAGCUUCACCGAAUGUCUCUCCAUCAGCCGUCUGAUGGAAGAUGAGUGGGCCGAGAACCGUCUAGCCGAUUUCAAUCUAUGGGAUGCUGGUGUCGGCGCUUCUGCGCAUCCUCUGGCCUCCCUUGACAGGCGGCUCAUGUCCCACCCUGAAGCCUAUGCUAUUGUCCAGGGUCUCCUGAAAACACUGCGCACCCUUGUUGAUCGUUGCAGAGAUUCAAGUGCACAGACAGAAGCCGCCCAGGAACAUGACGCUACAUCCCUGGGUGAUGCUACCGACAACGAUAGUGAGAACAGCUCUACACAGAGUAGCUCUUCAUCGACAUCGUCGGACAGACUUUCGUCUCAGCGGGAAAGGAACUCGUCCCGACGCGUCCCCCUAACUGAUGCUAUCGAGAACGUGGAGUCAGUACUGGAUCAGUUAAUCAGAGUUGGGUUCGCCAUUCGGAAGUUCGGUACGAAUGCAAGAUUGCAAAAAGCGGAUGCAUCUUUCAAUCCUGACGAUUAUGACGACUUUCGACACCACUUGUCUCUCAUGUUACUAAUCGACCAAGCGCUUAGGCAGCUUGCAAAUGUUAGUGAUGACAAGAUGAAGGAUGGCAGUUUGAGGAGCUUUAUCCAGACACUAGUCCUGAACGUUGAUGCGCUCGACGACCAACAACGGAGUUCUAUCAAUCAUUCAGGACCAAAUCCUCACCUUCUGAUUUUCCAGGUGUCGAAGGAACAAGAGAAUCUAAUUCAUGCAAACCUGCGACGACGCCAUCGUUUUGUCUCUGCCCGUAAACACGGGAAGAAGCUAGCGUACAGGACUAUACCCCAACCUCCUGACAUCGAUGUCGAGCAACCUGAGGCCCAGCCGACCAGGCCAUCCGGUUCAGCCCGCUCUGGGAACACAGUGGCGCCAGAAGGAAACGCCUUGAAGCACUCCCGCGACCUAGCCUCAAUGGCGGCAACUUCUGUAUCUGCCGGCACAGUUCGACUCAAUCAGGAGGCUCUCCAAACGCCUCGUCCUGCUCCACAGACGGCUACCGUCAUCUCAACGACAGCGCAAAAACUAGAGUAUCCCCGACCUCCUCCCGUGAUCGGGUUGAUGGGCUUUACGUGUCCCUGCUGCCUACAGACACUGCCGGCGGCGCUGGCUGAACGCAAUCGAUGGAGGAAGCAUGUAUCCGAAGAUUUGGCUCCCUAUACCUGUCCGUUCCCAUCCUGCCCGACUCCGGUUGUUUUCUACAAGACCAAAGACGCCUGGAAAUCCCACCUAUUCCAGAAUCAUUGCGCAGCCGAGUAUUGGGAUUGCAUGGCAUGCAGCAAAGCUGGUCAAUCCUUGACAUUCCCGUCCGUUACCGAGUUUGAGCUCCACACAGUGCAAGAGCAUGGAGACGCGGUUUCUGCUACCCAGCUGGCCACCUUGCGAAGGAUUAGCCACCGAACCUCGCCACCCCCGCUUGAAUUUUGCCCUUUAUGCUAUUUUCGGCCCGAGGACAAGAAUGGGGCCAUAUUGGUGGAUGACCUUAUUGACCACGUUGGUGAUCACAUUCAUGACUUCUCUUUGGAAUCCCUCCCAUGGGCGCAGGAUCAGUCUAGGCCAUUGCAAGGUAACUCUGUCGAGAGCUGGUUCGAAAGGCUCGACCGCACCGUCACAACAGACGAGGGCGAAGAGCUGGACCUAAAGUCGCCUGAUGACAGGGAUAUAGCGUAUUUGAACAUAUCACUCGGAUCUGCAGAACCGGAAACAGAGCCUGGAGAGUUGUUCAUUCGAAAUGAGUAUUUCGAUGAAGCUGGCUCUCAGAAGACAUCUAAUGCUCAAAUGGGUCAUAAUACUUCCAACACUGCAACCGCCUCCAGCUCCAGCUCCACAGACCAGCCUGUCGGAUCAGCUGCCUUGUCAGAUAUUGACAUCCGGCGAGACGAAGAGCAUCCUCACCUUGCAUCUGACGACUUCGAUUCCGCGCGAGGCUCUGACGUUGCAGAAGCUUCCUCAUUAAUCGAUGCCGAUGAAUUAAGUAUGCGUCGACAUUCGCCAGUCUCUCAGGACUCAUCCCGUCGCCCCAGUAUGGAUUUCGAUCAGGACCAGUCUACACCAUCCUUAAUACCGCCUCCACCAGCGCCCCUUAAUAUUCCGCCAUCGCGUGCACGGCGGGCAUUAGCUGCUCGCUUAGCGCGGAACAGCCAAACUGCUAGACUUGAGCAAGACGAGGCGGAUUCGGAGUCCGAAACUGACAAUAUCAACGCAACUGAAGACAAUGAUCAGGACGGAUCCGGGGCAGACGAAGCAGAACAGCAUCCACCUCCCACGUUCGUAAAAUUAUGGUCCGCCUGCUAUGACUGGAAAGCUCACGGACACCAAUGGUCUUCAGUGAGACGAAGUAUUCUGCAGAAGUGGUUGAACAUGGCCCCAACCAACAUGCGCCUGGAUCCGAUAGACUACGUGCCGAGCAACAAUGUGCAUGCCUUGGACCACCAACUCACUAUAACGCGAGCAGCGGCCAAUGAUACCGCCGAUGAGACCUUCCGCUCACUAUAUCUGCUCAACCUCAGCGGCAUACUUGACUGGCGAGCGCUGUUUAAUGAUGACUGGACAGAUCUUGAAGAAGCAGUCAGAGUAGCGAGGAUGGCGAUAGAUAUGGCAGCAGGUCAAAAGGAGCUCAGAGCGGUACUGCUUAUUGACCAUAUAAGCAGACUUCGAAGGUUAUCUCCGCACGACCUUCAUGGUGAAGCUAUCGAAGCAACCGAACUAGCUGUUCUCGCAAUUACAGAGGAAGACCUCCUGAGAGCUAUGUGGGUGGAUUUACGUGACAGGAUUCUUUCCGAAUUUCCUCCUGACAGAGUAGCACCACUUGUCGGCCGCCUGGAAGUUGGUGUGAGGAUGGCCCAGAGUCAGGCACCUGCGUCCGACUCCGCCAGAGAGAAUAGAUCGAGCCAUCCCUCAGCUGCCGAUGCCACAGAUUUCAACGUCCAACAGAAUGAGGCUGUCCCCGACCGAUAUGAAAAGGAUAGAGCCGGCUCAAAGACCCCCGGCAGAUGGCGAAAGUUUGUGCACAGAGUAUUUGGCACAACCGUAUACCCCAAGCAGGUUGUUAACCAGAAGGUCGAGUAUGUGGAAAAUGUUGACAAGAGUUCGGCAUUGCUCGAGAAAGUCAAGUCUUCCUUGGCCCAUUCGACUUUGGUCUUUGUCCAGACCGAAGGUGCAGCUGAUUCACUGUCUGAUUUUCUCAGAGCCCAGGGCUGCUCGGCAAUCGCUUAUCAUGGUGGUAUAUUUCCAGGUUUCAGGCCGGGCUCAAUUGUGGUCGUUUGCGACAACACUACUUCAACUGUUCAUCUCCCUAAGGUAUCCGAAGUUAUCAGCUACGAUCUUUCCGACGACAUUGACAACUAUGCCUCUCGUGUUAGCCACGUCGAUCCCACACAGAGACCGGCUGUGGCAACCACUUUUUUCAAUCGCGACAACGUCAGCAUCGCGCGUGAACUUGCAAACAUACUCAUCGACGCUCGGCAGGAGGUUCCUGGGUUCCUGGAGACCAUUGCUCGGGAGAGCGAACAAAAGAACGACACUAUACCUCCCACGAAUGCCAAACCAACCUUAUCUACUAUUUUUCAACCCGAUUCCUACGCAAAGAAGUCGCAGUACACUUUUGGCAAGACCAUCGGCGCAGGUUCGUCUGCAAUCGUUCGGGAGGCAGAGAUCAACGGCACCAAGGUUGCGGUGAAGAUCAUUCUCAAGAAAAGUGUAAAGGGCAAGGAAGAUGAAGUUUACCAGCGCAUACGACUGCUACGUACUCUGCGUCAUCCGAACAUUGCAGAACUCAUAGACUGGUUCGAGUCCCGUGACAAGUUCUACAUGGUGAUCCAGCUGGGGACUGGUGGAGAACUCUUUGACCGAAUCUGUGACAUGGGCAAAUUGACUGAGGGAGACGCUAUACGAACGAUGAAACAAGCACUCGACGUUAUAAACUAUCUUCACGGACGUGAAAUAGUCCACCGCUGUCUGUGCCCGGAAAAUUUUGUUUACGAAAGCAGAGGGGAGGAUUCUAAGCUCCUACUAGUCGGGUUCAACAGCGUCAAGUUUGUCCCGGGUCACGAAAAGCUGAAUGAUAUGGCCGGACUUUUCGGCUACGCUUCGCCCGAGGUCAUGCUCAAGCAGGGCCAUGGCAAACCCGCUGAUAUGUGGUCUCUGGGCGUCAUCACCUACACCCUGCUCUGCGGCUACUCUCCCUGGCGGUCGGAAAAUCUUGCAGACAUGGUCGAGGAAUGUAGAAGUGGCCGAGUCGUUUUCCAUGACCGAUACUGGAAGGAUGUUUCCCAGUCGAGCAAGGAUUUCAUACUGACGCUGCUCCAGCCGGAUCCUGAGAGAAGAGCUUCGGCUCAAGAAGCCCUUGAACAUCCGUGGAUCACAGGAAAAUGUGGAAUCAGUGACCAAAAUCUGAUACCAGAGGUCAGAGCUUACAUUGCGAAGGAGAAAUUCAAAAGAGGCAUCAGACUUAUCAUGCUUGCAAUCAGGAUUGAAGCCCUCAAAGACCAAGGCGACUUUCACGAAUCGGUCUUUCGGGAAGUCGUUUGGGCCAAGAUGCGCGAACACGAAGCAACAGAGAAAUCCCUGGGGCUUACAAUAUCAGGUGUGUCUCAACUUCGGAAAGACUGA